ACGGUUAUGCAGGACCGUACGAUACGGAUAUCGGUUUCUAUUAGGAGCAAAUGCCAAAACCGAUAUUCGUUCUGUAAGCUACGGAUUUUUUUUAGAGAGUACUGUCAUAAUAGAGCAAUUUGGUGGUAUACACGUGAUUGAUCUCUUUAACGUAUGCUUAAUAAGACAUUGAGAGUACAAGACGUUGAAACUCAUUACAAAAUGCGUUUUUUUAUUGCCAAUCUUCAUCAUAAGCUACAACGGUUAAAUGGUGAUCGAGAACAUUCGUUAAUGAUCAUUUAUCGUGGGCAAAGCAUGUUGAGAGAAGAAUUUGAAGGAACAGUAAAAAGUGAUAUUGGCGAUUACGCUCGGGGUUAA